AUGAUUAAGCAAAAAAAUAGCGCUUGGGAAACGUUAACAGAGGAGUUUAAUUAUCAGGCGGGUGUAAGUGAGUGUGAUUAUAAACAAAUAAAAAAAUGCUGGGAAAAUAUCAAGUCUCGAGCUAAGAAAUCUAUCGCCAAACAAAAGAGAGAAGCUAAACUAACUGCUGGUGGUACGGCCUCAUCGGAAAGAGACGAAGGAGCAGAAGCCGUUGUUUCAAUAAUUCCAGCUCCAAAUGACUAUGGCCUGGACACAGUGAACUCUAAUAAGACUGGAACGAUAACUCGGCCGCCAUCUUUGAAGCCAAAUUGAAGGCCGCCAUGGACGGUAGGCGUCGAAAAUACACCUCUUCGAAAAACUCGGAUUUCUGCCUUUCUAGCUAUGCUAGAACAUAGGUAAAAAGCUUAAAAACAUCUACGAUACUUGGACUAUUGCACAAAUCAUGUUUGGAAGCCGUAGAAAAGACUUAACGUUAUUUUUUGUGUACCUGAAAGUCGUAUUUUGUUCGGCACGGAAAAUAUUUUGUUAUUUUCUUGAAUACAAAAAUGGUACCUUUCGAGAUUUUGCUGUUAGUGGAUGUAGAAUACUUAGAACUAUCCGAAAACCAAGUUUGAAUCUUUGAAAUUGAAAUCUUCGGACGAAAAACCUAAUUUUUCGGUGUAUUUUUGCUAAAAAAACAAAAUUACGAGGAAAUUUAACUCUCCCCAGUUCUUUUUUGAAAGUCACAGCGCGCGAACUUGGCCGGGCGCCAAAUCACAAAUCGCAAAUCACGGGGGAUUUCUACGGAUAAAUCGAUUUAUUCACGUUUUAGAGAAGUCAAAAAGCACUCAAAAUAAACAACUAUACCUAGACGUUAAUACAAAAAAGGUAUUGGUCCGUAGACUUAUGUUUUAAAGUUGUUUUUUUUUAGUUAAAGAGCAAAGUUCACUUCGGCACGUUCAACUAGUGUCGUUUUUAUGAAAACAAACCUGAUACCCUUCAAACUUUUGCUGUUGUAGGAUGCAAAGCAGUUCUAACUAUCAAAUAGAUCGUAUUUGCGUUUUUAAAAUUGAAGUCUUUUGAUGAAAAACGACUUUUCUUUCGUCGAAAAUAAACUUUGACUGAAUUUUCCACUCCUCGAAACUCUCCUUAGUCCUUUUAAAAGUGCAAUUUCCUUGCACGGUUGGCUUCAGGCAAGUAUGGGCAUGUUUACCUGAGUUAUCGUUCCAGUCUUAUUAGAGUUCACUGCCUGGACAUUGCCCUAACCCUUUCUUUGUGUCUAGAUUAUAUGUACAAAAACAGUAGAGGGACUCAGGGAGAGAGGGGGACUUUUUUGAUUUUGCCAAAACGCAGUAUAAUUACGAAACGCAGUUAAUUAUUAAAAAGUAAACUGCCAGGCAAAUUGAUAAAUCAAAUUAAUGCACACGUGUUUCUUUGUUUUCCGGGUGGCAGUAUUGGAAGGAGGUGCUUAAUAGAGAUGGGUACUUAUUGGGUUGCUUCAUCCAAAAAAAGUGGCUUAUUAACAGGGCCGGCUUAAAAGCUUAAUAAAUGGUUUACAGUACAUGGCAUCUCAUUUCUGUUUCUUCCAGCUUUCGUGGUUGAUUGGCAAGUGGAAGGGAGAAGGAUGUGGUACUUACCCGACAAUAAAACCUUUUGAAUACGUUGAAGAAGUUGAAUUUUCAAAUGAUGGAAUCCCAUUUAUAAAUUACAAGUAUGAACAUAAGUUCUUUGUAGGUUUGCAUGGCGAUAAAACAUAUUAUUAUAUGGCUAUUCUGAUUGGUUGACAAGCGGUCCGUAAAAACCCAUAUCCAGACCGUGGUCCGUAUUUUCCGUAUCUGGACCGGUGUCCCGGAUGUCGUUUAUCUGGCGGGAUAAUUUUGCUUUGCAAACAGAAAAGAUUUUUGCUUUUUAAUUUUCCAAUUGUGUGUCAUUACAGAUAAAAAUUUCAAACAACCAAAUUGUUUUUGAUUGAGCAUGCAUGCCUACCGUAUAUUGUUACCCAGUGAAACUGACGAUAGCCGAUUUAAUUCGCGCGAAAAGCAUAUGCUCACAGACUCAGUUCAGCCAUAUAAUAAACCAAUUAUUGACCUCGCUUGUUCGGUCUGUACUGUGAAAUAUCAGACCUCUGUUUUUUGCAUGGACCUCGCUCCUUCGUCGCUCGGUCGAUACUAAAAAACCUCGGUCUGAUAUUUCACAGUACAGACCUCACGCUCGUUCAAUAAGCCGUUAACACUUUUGUUUGUGGAAACACCAUGACCAUGCAUGUAAAUUUAUUACUGCAAGUAUGAACAUGUUUUGCAUUGUUUCUCCACGUCGUGUGUUCAUGGUACAUACAGGAUGCUGUAUAAGUUGGUAGUGGUGCUGAUUCGAUUUUUGUGAAACACCGUUAUUAUAAGGGUGACAUUAUACUAAGAAAUGCGGCGCACAAGACAACAUUUUAUUAACUGAUUACCUCAAUGAUGCACAGCUUGACUUCUCUAUUUGACUUCUUUAAUUCUUUGAACAUCGCAAACUCUUUUAUCUUCCUAUCUAUAUGACCCCCUCUCUUUCUCUCUCUCUCUUCCUUUUUUGUCUUAAGCUUCAAAAAAGAAACGUACUUUGGGAAAAUAUCUACUCUCCCGUACAGGACGUCCAAAAGACUGAAUUUUCACUCAAUUCUAUUUUAGAUCAAGCAGUUGGGACAUUAAUCAUACGAAGCCGAUGCAUUGGGAAAGUGGCUUUAUUCGUUUUAAACCAGAAAGUAAAACUGUUGCGCUUAUGCUCGCACACAAUUUCGGUAAUUUUUUAGAUUAAUACGAUGAUAGAACGACUAACAAACAUGCAUCUACAAUCAAGAAGCAAUAUCACAAUGAGGCAUGUGUCUUUACUAUUGUCUCCAAACAACAACAACAACAACAACAACAACAACAACAACAACAACAACAACAACAACAACAACAACAUCGGCAGUUACAACAAUAUCAACUACGACAGCAGCAGUAGCAACAAUAAUAACAACGAUCACAACAACAACAACAACAACAACAACAACUGCAACUGCAACAACAACAACAACUGCAACAAAAACAACUGCAACAAAAUUUUUACAACUGCAACAAAAACAACUGCAACAAAAACAACUACAACAGGCCUGAAGCACUUCCCCAAAAUUAAAAAGUUAUAUUUCAAAAACCUAUAACGUCAAGAAACAAGGAAUAACUACAUGAGACUAGUACGGUAGUCACUCAUUAAAUGAUAAGUGGAACGGCGUCCCUUAAUUCUGAAAAGGUUACUCUAUUGAAAAUAUCAAAAUAUCUGUAGGAAUGACGGAAAUAGUUGAAGGUGAAACAAAUGAUGAAAAGGAAAUUCAUUUCAAAAGUUCAUCUGGAUCUUUAAGCAGAAUGUCAUUUGCUUCAUCUCCACAUGUUGUUGCGGUAAAUAUUCUAUAUAGAAAUUACGCCUUCCAUUAUAUGGAUUGAGGUUAACAAUUCUACAGGGUGUAUAAAAAAAAUCUGAACAGAUUUGAAAUUGCUCUCAAUUUCGCAAAACAGCUUGUAGUAUCAAGCUUUUGUUAUAGAUAGAUUCCUUGAGUACCCAUAAUGUAGAAUAAUGAAAAAAAAUACUCGAACUCAAAUUUUGAAACCAGGGGGUGUUUUUUUCCAACAAACUAAAAAUGGCUUGCGCACAAAAUUUAAAAGCUUUAAUGAUCGUAUUUUGAGUUAAUGGAUGGAAAAAUUGUUGGGUUUUUAAUUACUGUACAAAAUUUAGUUUAAGCAUUGAACUAUUCAUUUUUUCCUAAAAACGUAUGCUUAAUUAAUGCCUUUACCUAAUUUGCAUAUUGCCGACAUAUGCAAAUUAGGCAAAGCAUUAAUAAUUAAGCAUGCAAAAGGCUGAUUUUUUAGGGGAAAAUGUAAGUUUGCGUUAAUAGUUAAAGGGCUUAAACUGAAGCAAAUUGUUUUUUCAAAAAUAUAUCUGAGAACCAUAUUGCUUUAUUUCUUUCUCUCUAAAUUUGCUCUUCUUUCUUUUUUCUCUUAUUUUGGUUACAUUUUGGUUACAUUGCUCGGCAUAUUCAGAUUUGAAACAUUACAUCCUUUAUUUCGACCAGCUUAUUGGACUAUCAAGGCCAGCUUGGUCGGUUUUUAAAACAAACAAAAACUAUAUAUAGCUAGAGGAUAAUAGACGGUUGCGAUGAGAUAUGGAUUUUAUGUUCGAGUGGAUAUUGUUAAGAUAUUGUUUUUGAUACGAGAACGUAAAUCCAUAUCUUCUCGCAACCGUUUAAUGUUCUGGGGCCGGUUGUAUAAAACUCUUAAUCACUUUUUUAAUCACUAUUUUGUAGUUAAAUAGUGAUUAACUCUCAAAUAGGCGCUUCUUACUGGAUGACGUUUGCACUUAAUCAUAUUUAACUUUAAUCACUUUUUUAUACAACCGGCCCCUGUUUAUUAUAUGGACUUAAUACAUUUUACUUAUCUCAAGAUGUCUUUUAAAUGUUUUCGUUUUAUUUCCAACGUUAAUUUCGUUUUAUAUACGAACCAAAGACCAUUUGUAUUUUCAAAACAACAACAAUGAAAAUGGCGGGAAAUUUUCGAACUUCGUAUGUCACUCGCAGGGGUGAAAUCACUGAGCUAUACUAUGGGGGGAAAUACGGAAAAUACGCGCAUCUGGUCCCAGAUGUAGUGACGAGUGUUUUAGUUUCCACUUUCCAGUAAAACACCAUUGUCCAUAUAAUAAAUGAAUCGUUGUUGCUGGUUGUAUCAUUCCAGUUGAUGGAAAUAGGAUUCAAUAAAGUUAACUCCACUGUAACGGCUAAGGUAAACUCUAGAUUCCAGAGAGAUUAUACUCAUCUGACCCUCGUGUGCAAGCAAAGAAUACUUUUUCCAGACCUUCGUUCGAAACGUCGACGGAAGAAUAUUUUUUAUAUUUUUUUUAUUGUUAGAUAUUUCAACCAAGCUCGUGGAACGAAUAAUACGUUUUAUUAUUUCUUCCCGUAUAAUAUUCCAUGGUUAUAACCAUCGGUUUUAACAUAUUGUAGACUGAACGUGUUUACAAGAGCCUGGGACCAAAUCAGAUGGAAUUCAAGUUGUUUAUGGCCACAGAAAAUCAACCAUUGGGCCUUCAUCUACACAUAACAUAUGAACGGGUUUUGACUGCAUGA